GCGGUGACCCUCGUUCCCCUCCCGGAAGGGCGCUUCCGGGCACUGUUUGGAAUCUGCUGCCGAGGGCUGUAGAGAAAGAAGGAGGGGCUAAUUUCCACUAGCUUCCCGGAGCCGGGCGCCUAGCUUGCCACCGCCCACGUCCUAAACGGUCAGCUCAGUGCGGGAAGCGGCGCAGGCGCCGUCCUGAGAUCGCGCGCCCGGCCCGGAUCUGCUCGCCUCCUGCCGCGUCUCUACGGGCUCUGACACGCCUUCCUGGGGCCUCGGGCUUACGAGGUGAAAAUCUCAUCAAAACCAGAAUUUAAUUCUAAUUUUAGAUAAUGGCAACUGGUGAUUUAAAAAGAAGCUUACGAAAUCUAGAACAAGGAAUUCGAUUGUUGGGUUAUCCUAGAGAGGUGGAUUAUUCAGGUUUAGUAAAAGGAGAUCCUGCAGCAUUUUUGCCUAUUAUCAGUCAUUCCCUGACUUCGUAUUCAACUUAUGUAGCAGAAUUUUUGGUUAUCUCCAAUACAGAACUUACAGCAAAGAAUGAUUAUCGAUUCAUUGAUUCUGUCUAUAAGCUUCUUCGAGAUAAAUUUCAUUAUAAACCAAUUUUGACAAAAAAACAGUUUUUCCAGUAUGGCUUUGUAGAAUGGAAGAUUCAGAUUGUUUGUGAUAUUUUGAAUUUAGUGAUGAAAAAACACAAGGAGCUGUGUAACCUGGAUAAGACUAUAGCACAGAAAAAGAAAAUUCGUCCUAUCAAGUCAGAAGCUUUUAUAAAUUUUGAGAAAACUCUUGUAGAACCUGUUGUUCCUGACUUCACAUUCAGGGGGUUCCCUUCAGAACAGAAAAAACCAAUUGUGGAACGUCACCCAAACAGUGAAAACUUUUCUCACAUACUCUUUUCUGAAACUGAAGGUAAUGAAAAUUUUGUUGAACCUGGAAGAGAUAUUAUUGAAAUCACCUGUGAAUCACAAGACACAGAACUUAAUGCUAAGAUUGAAGACCUACGCCGUAUGCUUGCUGAAUGUCAAGAAAAACUUAAAAAACAGAUAUUGAUAGAGGAUAAGUUACGUUAUUUGGAAGAACAACUGAAAGGAAAAGUGAUUAUGCAGGAACUGGACUCUGAUAUAAAUUCUGAGAUUGCAGAAAUACGAAACAUUCUUGCUGAAUGCCAAGAAAAACUUAAAAAACAGAGUUUGAUAGAGGAUAAGUUACGUUAUUUGGAAGAAAAGCUGAAAGGAAAAGUGAUUAUAGAUGAAAUGGUCUGGAAUAAUCUUUUAAGUCGUGUCACCCUCCUUGAAACAGAAAUGCUCCUACACUUUAAAAAGUAUGAUAUACCUUCAGAUUCUGUUGAUAUGAAAGAGGACCAUAAGUACAGCAGAAACAGGGAUCUAUCAUCUCCUGGUAUCGAAUAUCCUUAUCACUUGGGAGGAUUCACUCACAACAACUUAUUACUUGAAGGAGGAAAAAAUGACUUGGCUGCUGAAAAAGAGCCUGGUAUUCUUUUGCGUGGUCCAAAGAAAAAUGUCUUUCUUGGCCAGGGAGAUAGAAAAAGGAGAGAAGAGAUGCCAGAGAGCCUUCAUCAGCAAUUGUCUGGAUACAACUUACUAUUAUCCGCAGAUUCCUCUCCCCAACCCAGUACCAUUAAUUAUUUUGGUUUGACAGACACUUCAAAGGAGACAACAAUGGAGAAAAUAGAAAGGAUAAAAAAAAUAAGACUUCCUCCUGAAUUUGAAGCUAAAGAAAUUGCUGGGAGGAAGAAGGGGAAUAGAAGGGCAUGUGGAACAGCAGCCAAAGAAGUUGCCAUCAUGGAGAAAGAAGGAAAGAUGUCAGUGGUCAGGAGAAGUCCUGAGCCAGAGUGGUGUUAAUGAGUCAUUCAUGUAACAUAUUCAGCAUAUAACUUACACUUCAGAAUCACCUAUCUUCCUGCCCCUGUCUCAUUCCUAGCACUAUCCAGAAAGUAGAAUAGGAAACUUAAGAUCAUAAAAGUUCUAUCCAUAUGAAGUCAAACUCUUCCCAUUUUUAUGGAUGUCUAAAGACUGUGAGAAUACUGGAUUCUGCCUGCAUUUCCAUAUUGGGGUGGGGUGGGGAGUUGGGACAGUGUCUGUAGAAGCAAAAUGCCAUUACUGUGAGGACAAAGUGAACCUGCUAUCUUUAAUAGUUCAAUGAUUUAUAAAUGCCUCAUCUCAUCCCAAAGUUGAAUCUGAACUAACAUUCCACCUCAUACCCUAAGGGAAUGAAAUGAAUUAAAUAAAGCCACCUCCUAGGUCAAGGUUCUCCAUCCCCCUCUUCCACAGUGUCACUCAGACAAUUAGGAAACCUUGGGUCCAGGCUCGUUUGAGUUAUUCUCUUCUAUCACAACUUGCCUUAGGGCAUAGAUUAAUAACCUUUUUCUGUGUCAUGGAUUCCUUUGGCAGUCUGAGAAAGUCUAUGAAUAGCUUUCUGAAUAAUCUUUUUAAAUGAAUAAAACAAAAUUUACAAAAUUUUAAAAGAAACAAGUUAUUAAAAUAUAGUUAUAAAAAUAAUUUUAAAAAAGUAAAACAAGUUAAUGAACUCCCUAAAAAUCCCUGGUCUAGGGGAUAAAGUGUGGUUAGAACUUUCCUGUAGCCUCAGGAACACUGGCAUGGGUCCAGUGUAAAAGCUACUACUGUGCUACCUUGGAAUAUCAUUCUCAUGGUGGAAGAGAGGUUGGUUGAGGGUUUGGAAGGACAUGGGAUACCUCAACUCUGUAUUCAAAAUCUUAGCAAGAGUAGUUUAAAAAAAAAAAUCGUGGGGCUUCAAAAGUAUGGUUAUAUCUAUACUCAACAUCAGGAAUGUGUUUAACAAUUGGAACUGGUGGGGAGGGUGUGUAUGACUCAUGGAUAAAAAUCUGCAUUAUGAGCAUAUUCUUCUUUACUUUCCCAAGUCUAUGAUCAUCAAAACAGUAAAUCGGGUGCCGAUUUCCAGUAUUUGUUGAUUUUUGAGGUUUAAGUGCUCAUACAGAAAAUUUAACAAAAAGCUCUUAGGAGAUGGUCAGAGCUGGCUCUAGCAUGCUACUGGAUACAUUUUAUAUAUAUGUACAACAUACACUUAUCCUUAGGAAGUGAGAAUAAAUUUCAAAGUCAUCCAAUCUCUGUCACAGACUUUUUCUUCUUUUCUAUUUCUGUUUUCUCUUUCAUCAUUCUUCCCAAAAUUCAUCUUGAAAAUUUGUGCUGCACUAAAUAUCCCUAGGCGAAUGGGCAAAUGAAGUUAUAGCAAAGUGUCAAGGUACUGGCAAAGUACUAGAACAUUCAUUCCCAUGAAAAAUGAAAAACAACAAAAUCCUUACCUUUAAAAAAAAAUUCAACUGGUAAUAUGAGUCUCCUUCAUCUAAUUCUGUAUCUUUCUGGGCCUAAUUAGUAAGUGGCAGAUCCAAUGCCUCCACAGCAUCAUUAGGGUUAACUUUUAGCUCUGUAGAUCUCUAAUAGAAAUAUGAUUUGUCACUUGAUUCCAUCUUCUGCACAUGAAUCCUUAUAUGUCUGUAAAUUUGUGGUUAUUUUCAUUGUUAUAUUUUAAAUAUAUAUCUUUUAACAUAUAAUAAUAUUUAAUAUGUUUUCAAUAUAUAUCAAUAUAUAAAUUUUGAUAAUUGUAUGUGUUUGUAUGGUAGAAAGAACAUAGAACCAAGAGUCAAACUAUUUAAAUGUGUGACUUAGUUACAAAUUAAUUAUCUGUCAGACCUUAGGCGAAUUAUUUAUUUUCUCCUUAGUUUUUAUUAUCUACAAAAAAGUAGGUCUAAUAAUAAUUAUAUUAUGUAAGGAAAACCCUUUUGUAACCCCUAAAGCAUUAUGUAAAUAACAGCUGUUAUUAUGCAUUCUGUACUUCAAAAGCAAUGUUAUUUUCCUUCCACAGCUCAUGAAGAGCACUUAUAAUGCACUUCAUAUUCAAAAGAAUGCUGUUUUCCCAUGAGAAAUGAAAAGUUAUGUUUAAGAAACUAAGGGGGGGGGCAGUUCAAAAGAUCAUACAUGACUGAGUUAGGAUCUGGAAAUAUGGAUAAGACUAACAUCAUUGCCUAAUUUAGUACAACACUAAUUAGUUUAUGUUAACCUUAGGUUAUCAUCAUCUGCCAACAAAAUAGACUAGUGGUAAAAUAAACUUCUGAUCCAUCUUGUAAAGUUUCAAUGUUGGAUUUGGAUGAAUUAAAAAUAAUAUCCCGUAUUGUAUAAACAAAAUCUCUGCUAUUUCUAAAAUUAAUCAGACAUGGACUUGUAAAGCCAGAACACUUAUUGAAGUAUAUGUUUUUCUUGUUACUCAGUAUUUUAAAAUUAUGUUAAGAAAUCUAGCAAAAGCACUGUAUUUGGGUCAUUAACUCAUUUAAUUACAAUCUAUGUGAUCUUGAGCAAAUCAUUGGACAUUUCUGAGCAUUAGUUUCCUUACAUUUAAAAACUGAGAGCAUUUGACUAAGUGAUCUCAAAGUUCUUAUAUGUAUAUUUAUAUGUAAGAGUAAAAUAGAAUUUGCAAUGUA